AUGCAGUUGAAGCACCAGGAAUGUCUGAAGAGGCAAAGAGAGGCUGUGAAGCUCCGAAUGAAGAAACUAAGUGCAAAGCAAACUGAAAUCAUUAAAAAGUCCUCAGCGAUGAAGGAGAGUAUAAAGAAGAAGUAUGAGGACAUCCAGAGGGUUCUGAAUGAGGACCUCAGGAUAACUCUGACCCAGCUGGAGAUGGAGGAGAGAGCUGCAGUCACAGCCCUGGAGGACCUGAUGGAAAAUAAUUGUAUCAUCAUCCAGGAGAUAGAGCAGGAUCUGGCCAGGCUCACCACUGAGCUGGCCCAGAAGGACAUCAUUCGGCCUGAUAAAUUGUCCUCUCUCUCACCCAGAGUGAUGGAUCUGCUGAGCAGGACAGACCCAAGCAAAGUGAACCUGGAUGAGCCUAAAGCUGACCAAAUUCUCACCCUCACCAACAAUAUGCUGCUACUCAUCCACUCCCAGACCCCCAUUACCAAGAGACUCAUCAAGAGCUAUUCUACAGAGGUGUCCCUGGACCCAGAGACAGCGCACCCCAAGCUGGUCAUCUCCCUGCAUGGUGACAGUGUCACCUACACAGACACCUGGCAGGAACUACCAGAGCUCCCAGGACGCUUUGACACCACCCUCAACGUGAUCAGCCUGCAGGGCUUCAGCUCCGGGCGUCACUACUGGGAGAUAGAUGUGGCUGGGAAGACUUACUGGGAGCUGGGCCUCACCUACCCCACCAUCUCCCGCAAGGGCCGGGCCGAGGACUGCUGGCUGGGUCGCGGCUCUGACUCCUGGGCCAUGGAAUUCUUUGACGGGGAGUACACAGCCUGGCAUGGUGGGGUGCCCCACCAGCUGCCUGUCACGAAACACUUAAGCCGUAUUGGGGUCCUGUGUAGUUUCCCAGCGGGCCUAGUGUCUUUCCUGGGGGCGGAGAGCAUGACCCCUCUGUUCUCGUUUUGUGUGGGGGCGUUCAAGGACUGUCUCCACCUGGCAUUGUGCCCAGGUCACGACCACAACGGUACGAACGCCAAACCAAUUUUGAUCUGUAAUGCACCUCCAACUCCUAGUUCUAUCCAGAAUGCCCAAGAAUGCUGA